GCUAUUCAAAUGAGGUUAAAAGAGGGACAUAAUGGAACUAUCGUUAUUCUUUGACCCGGCAUUCAGCUUGUUCAGUUGUAAAAGUACUGGGUAUAGGAGGCUGAACAACAAGCAUGUCUGAUAGGCCUAAAUCCAACGUUAAAGGAUUGCUGCAGCGCAUUAAUGAUGGUGAGACCAUCAUUGUAGCAGAGGGUUACAUUUUUGCUUUUGAGCGUAUGGGCUACCUCAAGGCUGGGCCGUUCACCCCUGAAGUUGUAGUGGACCAUCCCGAGCUUGUACGUCAGAUGUACAAGGACUUCGUGCGCGCAGGAAGUGACGUAGUCCAAGCCUUUACGUAUUACGGAAAUAGACACAAGAUGGGGGUCGUCGGCCGAAGCGACGAUCUCGAGAAUCAGAAUCGUCUCGCUCUUAAGAUGGCCCGAGAGGUCGCAGAUGAAACUGGAACACUCAUGUGUGGUGAUCUCAGUAACACAUUCGUCUACCAAUCCGAUAAUGACGAAGCUAUAAAGACCACCAAGGAGAUGUUCAAGGAGCAAGUUGAGUGGGCCGUUGACGAAGGGGCCGAUUACAUAGUAGGUGAGACCUUUGCGUACGUCGGAGAGGCACUACUUGCAGUCGAGUCCAUCAAAAAAUAUGGAAAAGGAGUCCCUGCUGUUGUCACGCUGUCGUCACACGUGAAAUGCGACGAAGAGGGUCGAACUUGCACACUCGAUGGGGUCGAAAUGAAUGAGGCGCUUCGACAGCUGGCCGAGGCAGGGGCUGAUGUGGUUGGAUUCAACUGCACACGGGGGCCAGAGACAAUCAUGAAAUUGGUCGAGAGUGCCUCAAAAGCUGGACUAAAGGUCCCAUUAGCUGUUCUCCCUGUGGUUUACAGAACGACAGACGAGUACCCAUCUUUCUCUUCCAUCCCGGACCCAAAGACAGGUGAAAGAGCCUUCCCAGACAUGGACUGCCUCUUGUGCUCACGAAGAGAAGUCGUCGCGUUCGGGCAACACUGUGCCAAGCUGAAAAUACCGUACGUAGGGCUAUGCUGCGGCAACGCCCCUCACUACACAAGAGCUCUUGCCGAAUCGUACGGCCGUCGCCCGGUGGCCUCCAAGUACUCGCCUGAUAUGACGAUGCAUGGGUGGUUCGGAACAAAGAAAGAAGUCGUCAAUGACCAUUAUUCUUCAGCCUACAAGACUUUCGAAAAGGAUAACUUUUAGUGCAGUUACUAUGUUAAUUUGUGAUUCGAUUGGUACUAACUUGUUGUCACGGUUUGGUCUGGUUGGUCUGCAGGCACAAAUUCAUAUUCGACACUUUGACUAAGAUUGUACCAUGUCUGGAAUGAAAACUAGACGCCAAACUCUAUGUCUGUGUCAGUUAAGUUUAUUGGUGAUACACAUUUCGAUAUCACUAUUGCUUAAUCAUGGUGAAAUAUAGUAAAUCUGAAUAUUGGGCGAAGAAACAGAAUAUUUGAAACGAUAAAUAAAUGUUACACUUAUACGGCGUAUUACAUUGACAUUUUAAUGUGCUUUACAAAAACAUUAAACUAAAUCAAUUUAUUUCAAGUUUUGUAUCCCUGUUGUCCUUCGUACCAAACCUUCAAUAUUGUUCAAGAUCAUUGCGGACUCCCUAGUUUAAUUUUCGAAGGUUUGAAAAUAAGAGGUCUCUCUAAAAUUAAAUCUAUAAGCUGAGGGGUGUGUCACCGAGUAGACUUAUAUGUUUUUAUGCAUGUCAGCAUUAUUAUCGGAUCAAUAAGAUUGUUCAUAUAAUACAAAUUCUAUUUGUACUAUUUGUACUUUCUAUAUCGUAAAAUUUUAUAUUGUGAAAGGUCCAAAAAGGUUGAACUUUACAUUAUGAUUGUACACUGUGUUGAAAAAAAAAGAAAGAAAGCAAAAGAGAUAACUUAUGACGAUGGUUUUCAUAAUCCAUGAUAUAUGUCAAUGGUCGAAUAAAACACUUUUACA